AGAUUAAAGUCUUAUAAUGGGAUGGGAGGACACUCCUGCCUUGGACUGGACAGUAGAUGAUGUUAGGAGUUGGUUAGAGUUCCAUGGACUGAAACAUCUAGAAGUUCUUGUUUGUAAUAAAAACCAUGUAGAUGGAAAAACCCUUCUUAUGAUUCAGGAAGAGGAUGUAAGACGACCUCCACUUCAGCUCUCUACCCUUGGGGAUAUUAAACAUUUUAUGUACUAUGUCAACUCUUUAAAGGGAACUCAGAAAAUACUUAAUCAGGACGUACGAGUAUCUUUGGGAUUAGUUAAAUCAACAUCUUUUCAAACAGAGGCAAGUACUGCUGGAGAAAGUUCAAGUUCUGAGUCUGAAUCUGAAUCUCAUGGUAGUGUCAAUACUGCUAAUAUUUUACCCUCCUUACUCCUCUGCUCUUCAUGUAGUUCCAAAUCACGUUCUUCCCGCAGCAAUAUUUCCAGCAGACUUGAACCAGAGCGCUGGAAAACCGCUUUAGCGUUAAUGUAUAUCCUUUGUGUGAGCUGGUUAACUGCCAUAACCAUGACUGUUGUACAUGAUCGAGUUCCAGAUAUGAACAAAUAUCCCCCUUUACCGGAUAUAAUUCUGGAUAAUAUCCCGCACAUAUCCUGGGCGUUCGAGAUGAGUGAAGUAGCAGGUAUGACCCUUCUCAUCAUCUGGUGUAUAGUUCUCCUGUUCCAUACGCACAGGUUUAUUUUGGCAAGGCGGUUUUUCUCCAUCUCUGGAACAAUUUUUCUUCUUAGAUGUGUCACGAUGUUGAUAACCUCGUUGUCAGUACCAGGAGUACAUUUAGACUGCAAACCUGCUCCAUAUGGAGCAUGGACGGAAAGGGUUCACGCUGCCUAUGUGAUCUGGUCCGGAGCUGGGAUGAGUAUUCAAGGGGUUCGAACCUGUGGAGAUUAUAUCUUCUCCGGGCACACUGUCUCACUUACACUUCUUAACUUCUUCAUUACAGAGUAUACUUCAAGGAGAAUUUACUUUCUACAUACGUUCACUUGGGUCUGCAAUUGCUUUGGUAUAUUCUUCAUACUAGCUGCACACGAACACUACUCUAUAGAUGUGUUUAUUGCCUUCUAUAUAACCAGCAGACUGUUCCUCUACUACCAUACUUUAGUUAACAAUAGAACCCUCUUCAGAUCACAUCAGGGUCAGGACAGUAAACGGACCUGGUUCUACUUCCCUCUGUUCUCCUUCUUUGAGCAGAAUAUAGACGGAAGGGUUCCCAACGAGUUCUCUCUCCCCUUCUCUCUCGAGCAGAUCAAGAACCACAUCACCAGGUUUUCCUGUCGGUUCUCUGAAAUCUCUGAAAGUAUCUCUGGUAGACCAAGAACUAAAUCAAGAUCUAAAUCCACUUAAAGGGACUGUAGACAAAAUCUCAAGCGACUCCAUAUUUUGUAAUUUUGCAUGUCCGAUUCACAUGAAUACUUUUUUCAAGUUUGGUUUCUCUAUCGAAGUGACAUCUAUUAUAUAAGGUCUACAGGGUACCUUUGUGAAUAUGAUAAUUAAGCGAUGAAUCCUUCAAAAUAAUAGCGGGGAAGAUGAAUUCAAUAAAAUAUACCUCCUUCGCAGUAAAUAAACAUUUGAGUUUUAUCUACUUUAUCGUGUUGUAAGAAAUCAUAAAGUCGAAAUCUGAAAGACCCGGAAUUAAUU